UCGAAGGCACAACUCUCGUCGCUCGUCGUCAAAUAUUACGCGUGAAGGAAGUUAACUCCAAAAUGGCAUUGUUGCUACAUAAACAUUAGACUUGUCUAUCAAUUUAAGUAGUAAUUAUCUGAAAUCGUAAGCAAUACUACAGUGUUAAAUAUUUUAUAAGCUUUAUCUUAGUUUUGUAUUUGUAAGGUUGUGAUCUGUAAACAUGAUAAGUUUAUUGUACAUCGCCGUCAUUGUUGGGAGCCUCUUCGCUCUACAGUUUUACUUGGUCACUGCCAGCUGGGAGGAGUGGUGGACAUAUGAUGGUAUAUCAGGACCAGAAUAUUGGGGGCGUAUCAACCCUGAGUGGAGUUUGUGCAACAAAGGAAGACGACAAUCACCCAUCAAUGUGGAACCUCACAAGCUGUUGUUUGAUCCUCAUCUCAGACACUUGGACAUCGACAAACACAAGAUAAGUGGUACGCUGAUCAACACAGGCCAGUCGCUCGUGUUCCGUGUAGACAGAGACAGUAAGCAACACGUCAACAUCUCCGGAGGACCUCUGGCCUAUCGCUACCAGUUCGAGGAGUUCUUCUUCCACUACGGCAUCCAGAACCAGCACGGCUCGGAGCACCGCAUCCACGGCUACACAUUCCCGGGGGAGAUACAACUGUAUGGCUUCAACGCAGAGUUGUACCACAACAUGUCGGAGGCUCAACACAAGUCUCAAGGAAUUGUGGGCAUAUCUCUCAUGGUACAGAUUGGUGACAUUAACCAGCCAAACUCUGACCUACGUAUCAUCACCAGCACGUUCAACAAGGUGUUGUAUAAAGGAUCAUCGAUGCCGAUCCGCUACCUGUCUCUACACAGUCUUCUUCCUGACACGACUCACUAUAUGACGUACGAGGGAUCCACGACCCAUCCUGGAUGUUGGGAAACUACUGUGUGGAUCAUCAUCAACAAACCUGUCUACAUCACCAAGCAAGAGAUGUACGCCCUGCGGAAGCUGAUGCAAGGCAGUCAGGAUAUUCCUAAAGCUCCUCUUGGCAACAACGCUCGUCCACUGCAACCACUUCAUCAUCGCACCGUCCGUACCAACAUUGACUUCCAAAACGUCGACAAUGCCUUGGGCAAAAGCUGUCCAGUCAGUAUGAAGAAGGAAAUGUACUACAAAGCUAACCAGUGGAGAAACAUGCCGGACGCUCAGUUCCUUCAGUUGUAGACCUCGUGUUGUGUGCUGUAGCUGCCAGAAACCCUGUGUAGAUAGCUUCACCUUGUAUAUGUACAGACGUUACUCCGCCACCGCUGACUAGUUGUUGACGAAUAUUUAUUAAAAUAUACGAAGUACUUGUGUUCAAUUUUUAUACCUAAAUGUUUGUCUUUGUAAACCGUACUAGAAAAAGAGAUUGUACCGUUUAUAACUAACAAUAAAAAGCUAGAAUACCUGAAGUACUGUCACCAGCUUAAUACUGGUUUGGAAAAUAAAAAUCCUUUAAAUGCCAAGUAACUUAAAAUUCCCUCUUAAAUUCUGGGAUUGUGAAGAGUCGUCAUAAUCUCACUUGCAUACGAAUAUGAAC